AUGGACAAAAAGCUUUAUUGCAUUUUGCAGUAUGCAUUCCUAAUCACCAUAACCUUCCCAAUGCUUUCUUCUGAAGCCAAACAACCUAUGAGUCUUGCAACUGAUCAAACUGCCCUUCUUUCACUCAAACAUACAUCUCUUUUACUUGCAACUAAUUGGACCAAUUCGAGCUCCGUCUGCAGCUGGAUUGGCGUCACUUGCAGCUUGCGCCACCACAGAGUAUCUGCCUUGAAUCUCUCCAACAUGGCUCUCUCCGGCACUAUUCCACCACAGCUCGGACACCUCUCCUUCCUCGUCUCCCUCGACCUCUCCAACAACCAUUUCUAUGGAGAUUUGCCGCAAGAGCUGUCUCUCCUUCGCCGUUUGAAGUUCAUAUCUUUCCGACUCAACAACUUCACUGGAGACAUCCCUCCGAUGUUGGGUCAGUUACCAAAAUUAGAGUACUUGUCUUUACGCAACAACAGCUUCAUAGGUUCCAUCCCAAAAUCGCUCUCAAACCUCACAAACCUACAAUUGCUUGACUUAACUUCCAAUUCUCUAAGUGGAGAAAUUCCAAAAGAGUUGGGAAGACUUCAAAGUCUGAAAACUCUGUAUGUUCAAUCCAAUCAUCUCACCGGUGCUAUACCAUCAGCCAUAUUCAACAUAUCGACCCUUGUAUCUAUGGCCUUCACAGACAAUGAAUUGAGUGGAAGUCUUCCAACAGACAUGUGCCGUAAUCUUCCAACUCUUACUGUGCUAAGUCUUUCUGACAAUCAGCUGAGUGGCACGAUUCCCUCAAAUCUAUCCCAAUGUUCACGGCUUGAGGUGUUGAGCCUCUCUUACAACUCUUUUAGUGGGGAGAUACCUUCAGAAAUCGGCUACUUAACAUCUCUGCAGUUGUUAUAUCUUGGUGCUAACAAUUUGAAUGGUAUGGUUCAAGUCCUUAUCACAUAA